AUGUCCCAGGUCCUGCCAGGCACAGGCUCCUGCAGCUACACACGCCACAACGCCUGCACCUGCUACCCCGACGACUCCUGCAGCUACUCCCACCACAACGCCUGCACCUGCUUCCCCGACGACUCCUGCAGCUACUCCCGCCACAACGCCUACACCUGCUUCCCCGACGACUCCUGCAGCUACUCCCGCCACAACGCCUACACCUGCUUCCCCGACGACUCCUCUACUCCCGCCACAACGCCUGCACCUGCUUCCCCGACGACUCCUGCAGCUACUCCCGCCACAACGCCUGCACCUGCUUCCCCGACGACUCCUGCAGCUACUCCCGCCACAACGCCUGCACCUGCUUCCCCGACGACUCCUGCAGCUACUCCCGCCACAACGCCUGCACCUGCUUCCCCGACGACUCCUGCAGCUACUCCCGCCACAACGCCUGCACCUGCUUCCCCGACGACUCCUGCAGCUACUCCCGCCACAACGCCUGCACCUGCUUCCCCGACGACUCCUGCAGCUACUCCCGCCACAACGCCUGCACCUGCUUCCCCGACAACUAGCGAUCCAAACCCUAAUACUAAAGGUCCUUGCCAAACCAAUUCCUGUGGUGGUGGCUCUUCAUGCAUUAAUCUGCAUACAUCACAUUUUUGCCUGUGUAUAGAUGGAUAUUACUAUAAGAAUACCAAAUGCAAUAAAGGAAAGGUAUUCCCUGGAACAAUUCAAGUAAAGGUAACAGACACAUCUGGCCUGGACAAUGAAAAUUCCAUAACCUAUGAAGAAUUACAUGUAAAAGUUGUGAGCUUUUUUGAAAAUACAUUUAAAGCUUCUGAUUAUGGACAGACUGUAAUUCAGAAAGCAAGAAUAUCUGCUUCAGCAAGAUCUGAAAUGCGUGCUGGUGACAAGGCUGUGGAUGUAGCAGUAGUAAACAUUUUUGCAGAAGGGACAAAGCAAAAUGAGACGACCGUAUUGACUGCAAUUAACGAGGCAAUCAACGGCUCUACUGACAUUACAAAGUAUACUACGCAAGAUCUGUGUGACUAUUAUGGUUGUGAAAAAAAAAAUGAGCAAGAUGACUGCAGCAAUGGUAUUCAGUGUAAAUGCAAACCAGGGCUUGGAAGACCUAACGCACAGGUUGCUUUUUGUGUUCCGUUAAGUCCAGAGUGUCCUCCUGCCUGCGAUGCAAAACACAAUAUGCAAUGCCUGGUGAAGGACGAUGGGAAUUCUGAUUGCGUGUGCCUGGCGGGCUACAAGAAGGAUGAUGGCGGGAAAUGUCAAGCGUGUGCAUUUGGUUACCAAGGAGUCAACUGUGAAGACAACUUUCAGCUAAUCCUCACUGUCGUGGGCACCAUUGCAGGCAUCCUCAUUCUUGGCAUGGUGAUUGCAGUGAUCUUCAUGAGAUCAAAGAAAACAAAAGACAUUGAAGAACAGAACUUGAUUGAGAAUGACUUUCAGAAUCUGAGACUGCAGCAAACAACAGGCUUCAGCUCUCCAGCACAAAGGAGCAUCUUCCCUAAAAUCACAUCCACAGUCCCCAGAGAUGGUGGGAUGCAGAAUCCCUACGCAAAUCCUAGAAGCAUACCCCGCCCUGACUAUUAG